AUGAUCCACAUUCGUCUGAGGUAUCCUCUCCAUUUGUUCCCACACAACUUCAAGAGUUUGCUAGGCCACCCAUUGUGCAAGUGUACUAUAGCUGACACAUCCUCUCCUAAUCCACUACCAUUCUCGUUUGCAGAUCCAAUAUUUGAUGAUCCCUUGGUGGUUGACUUCUCUAUGACCUUGAUGUCGCCAUUGCCCUUCGAAAACAAGUCUCGCAUUCGGAAAAGAAUUUUCUUAUCGUACUGGAAGUAUUGCUUAGAUAUAUGCAGUGAUUCUGGUCAGAUUGAGUCAAAACCUUGUGGAGCCAUUAUGAUUCCAAAUGUAAAGCUAAGAGCAAAUAAAGGAGAUCUCCUUGAGAAUCUGGAAAAGCAUAGAAGAAUUGAGGGAAAGCUGAACUAUCUAACGAUUACGUGA